AUGACUUUAAGAGACCUCCAGUACUGUCCAGGUGUGCUGGUGCCCAAGAGGUCAGAGUUCAAGGGGAAGAUGUUUGAGGUGGAGAUCUUCGAGGCAGGCAAACACUUCCUGAAGGGAAGACCGCUGGACGGCCACAAAGUAUUCACUCCCUCCAUCGCCGAGCCGCUGCAGAAGGGAGAGGUGUCUGGGCUAACUCAGGAGCAGCUGUCCCUCCAGCAGAAUGGAUCCGUCCCCUCCUCGGGCGUGCUGACUGCCUCCUGGAGCCCCUGGAGCCUGGACAGAGAGGGGCUGAAGCUGCUGUCUAUCAGCCUGGCUGUGGUGGCUAUCCUAGUGGUCUUCAUGUGGGAGAAACUCCACUGAGACCGAGGGGCUGGAAGACUUGGACCUGGGCCUGUAUUCAUAAAGCGUCUCGGAGGAGGAGUGCUGAUCCUAGAUCAGGUCCCCCCUUUCCAAUCAUCCUUAUAUUCUACUAGGCAAAACUGAUCCUAGAUCAGGUCCCCCCUUUCCAAUCAUCCUUAUAUUCUACUAGGCAAAACUGAUCCUAGAUCAGGUCCCCCCUUUCCAAUCAUCCUUAUAUUCUACUAGGCAAUACUGAUCCUAGAUCAGGUCCCCCCUUUCCAAUCAUCCUUAUAUUCUACUAGGCAAAACUGAUCCUAGAUCAAGUCCCCCCUUUCCAAUCAUCCUUAUAUUUUACUAGGCAAAACUGAUCCUAGAUCAAGUCCCCCCUUUCCAAUCAUCCUUAUAUUUUACUAGGCAAUACUGCUCCUAGAUCAGGUCCCCCCUUUCCAAUCAUCCUUAUAUUCUACUAGGCAAAACUGAUCCUAGAUCCGCAUUCCUACACUGUGACGCUUUAUGAAUAAGGGACCUGGGUCAAAUACAUAUGUCAAUUAUUUCCAAGUACUUUGUACUGGGCAAACGAAAUCAAGCAUAGCUCGAGUAUUUGAAAGAAUUUGACCUAUUUAUUUGGCCUGUAGGUUUGGUUGAAAUGGUUUUGGAUGGGUCCUAGUUUAGCUUUACAUGAGAAGGACUUCUCUGUCUUGGACAAAGACUGAUGGAAUCUGUAGCUGCAUGAGAGAGUUAGGAAGAGGAGACUAGGAGAGGAAACAAGGACAGGAGACAAGGAGAGGACAGGUUAAAGACAUGUUGUGUAAUACUCUGAUUUAAGAUGGUGGAUAGUAGUACCUUCAAUUAAAAGUAUUUAUUUUAUACCACAAUGAAACAGACGCAGGUGAACGGUAUAUUUUUGGUAAUGAAUUUACAUCACGGUAAAAUCCCUCUCUGUGUCUGUCGUACUGUAGUACCACAUUGUGAUUGUUUAUCAAUUUGUUUUUGCUCGUGUUUCUCUAUUUGUAUUUCUGCUUUUAUGUUUUCCAUUUUAACGUCAGUCUACUACUGAGUAGAUGGAGACCCCUAUGGGCCCUGGUCUGAAGUAGUGCACUACCCCUAUGGGCCCUGGUCUGAAGUAGUGCACUACCCCUAUGUGCCCUGGUCUGAAGUAGUGCACUA